AUGGUUCGUUCUCGUCUCCCUCUCCUCGACCCUCGAGCACCCAACAUGAUGAUACCUAUAACCAAAUACAAACUAGAGUCUUUGAUCCUACGGGAAGUGAAACUCAUGUUAUUGCACCUUACUAUCCCACCAAAAGCGCAGAUGGUGAGCACUACCCUCUUCUUCCCACCAACACCUCUUAUCAUGAUGAACGCACACGUAUUAUAUACGCUGGAAAUUACCGUCUCAGACCUUCGGGUCGUUGAUGAUAACUAA